UCCUCUUACCAAGAUUUUUCACGCCACUGUCUGUAUUCAAACCAAAAGUUUACGGAAGUUAGAUUGGCGAUGAAAGCCAUACUGUUCAGAACCGCAUCGAUGCCGGUACAACCGCCUGUCCGAUCUAGUUCACUAACUUCACUCAAGGUGUUUGUUUCACGUCAAGAUUCAGGCAGCGGAAUUUUCUCUGGUGAAAGACAUUCGGUGAGUUCUCCUAGAGUUUCGAUGAAUUUGGAGAUGAAUAACAAGAGAGUAAGCGGAAUCCGGCGAGCUCUUUCGCAAAGUGACGUUUCCAGAUUGGACGUUUCCACGAAGCUGAGCGGAGGCGGAAGUCGGUUCGCACCGUCGAGAAUUCCCGAGGAGGAUGUUAAUGGAAUUGGAAAUGAUCGUGUUAAUCACGGUGGCAUAUGGCCGAACAACGGCGGUGACAACAGUGAUGAUAAGAGAAAGAUGGGCGAUUAUUAUCGCGAGUUAGUGAAGUCAAACCCUACAGAUCCUCUGAUUCUUCGAAAUUAUGGAAAGUUCUUGUAUGAGGUGGAGAAGGAUGCAGUGAAAGCAGAAGAAUAUUACGGAAGAGCUAUAUUGGCGAAUCCGGGAGACGGAGAGGUUCUGUGUUUGUAUGGAAACCUAAUUUGGAUGACACAGGGACACGCAGAUAGAGCCAAGGCCUAUUUUGAUCAAGCUGUCCAUGUUGCUCCCAACGAUUCGACGGUUUUGGCAUCGUAUGCACGAUUUAUGUGGGAAUCAGAGGAGAAUGAAGAAGAGGAAGGAAUCAAUAACAAUGCUGAAAUGUCACCGCCCUUGGUUGCAGCGUUUUGAUCAUUUGCUUUGGUGAAAUUACCAAAUAUUAACUAAUGUCACUAACCUUAAUAACCGGACACAGAGAGUGCAUAUGAUAUAAGCUUUGUAAUUAUUUGUAUUAUGUUUUUCAAAAAUAAGUAAGAAAGAAAUUCCAUAUUAUCUGCU